AUGAAUUCAAGCUUGUCUAAGUUUUUACUCCGUUUAGGGCAUAGAAAAGCUUCGUUUCCACGAUCUAAUAUUUUCGUCGCCUCUCCGGUAAUAAGUCACACAUCACUUCUUAGAAGAACGCUACCGGGCAGAACAAGAUUAUACGGUAAUGACGCUGGCGCAACAUCAGGAAAGAAGGGUGAAAAGGCUGGCAGUAGGCUUAAACCAUUGUGGCCCCAAGUAAAAUCCGCCUCUACGUUUACCUUUUCAGGCAUACUUGUUAUAGGGGCUGUCGGCAUAUCUGCUAUUGUUAUUUACCUGAUUCUUUCAGAACUAUUUUCGCCUUCAGGUGACACACAACUUUUCAAUAGAGCGGUUUCUAUGGUAGAGAAAAACAAAGAUAUAAGAAACUUACUACAGUGCGACGACGGCAUUACUGGAAAAGAAAGAUUGAAAGCGUACGGUGAACUUAUAACAAAUGACAAAUGGACAAGAAACAGGCCUAUAGUUUCUACAAAAAAAAUAGAUAGAGAAGGCAGCACGCAUCAUUAUAUGAGAUUCCACAUUGAAUCCAAAAAGAAAAUAGCAUUGGUCCACUUAGAGGCUAAAGAAUCCAAACAGAACUACCAACCUGACUUCAUCAAUAUGUACGUCGAUGUUCCUGGAGAGAAGCGUUACUAUUUGAUCAAACCAAAAUUACAUCCGGUUUCUAAUUCGAAAGGCUUCCUGGGAAUAAGAUGGGGCCCCAGGAAAGAUUAA